AUGAAACUGAAACCGACGCAGCACAGGGCGCCCGAGAACCGCGCGCUCUGCCCGCAGCAGCGACCCUCCCGCCGCGGGACGCCGAGGCCGGGCGCAGGGGGAACCUGCGUGGGUUUGCUGCCUGUAACCUGUCCCCUCCCUGCACAGGUCGGCUCCCACGUGGACAUCACGGAAGAAAGCCUCUCUCUCUUCUGGAUGCUGGAGCCCCCGAUAGAGAUUGUGGUGGUGGGCACCGGAGACCGCGCCGAGAGGCUGCCGCCGCCGGUGCUGCGCGCCAUGAGGCAGCGGGGCAUCGCCGUGGAGGUGCAGGACACGCCCAAUGCUUGUGCCACUUUCAACUUCCUGUGUCAUGAAGGCCGAGUGACAGGAGCUGCUCUCAUCCCCCCACCUGGCGGGACUGUGCUCGCACCUCUGGCCCACGCUGCCGAGUGAAGCUCCAGGGAUCCCUGACCUUCCCAGUAGCGCCUGGCACCCGCGGAGCGCAGAGCCCCUCCCUGCAGCCUGUGAUGCAUGUCUGCUUAGCCGCCAAUUAAUAACUUAAUCCACUCGUG